AAAAUAGUUUAUUAAUUAUUAUGAGUCGGUCUUUUUAAUCUAUGAACACUGUUCACAUUCUUUAAAGAUUAGUUAUGAAAAUAUUUUUACUUUGCUAUAAAAGGGGUUGCAUGGCCACAAUAGUUCAUUCUUACAGUACGCGAUGUUAGCUGAACAAUCUAGUGAAGGCACCGGGUCAUCCGGGGGAUAGCUAGAUCGGCUAAGAGAAAACUCAAUGUCAAAUCAAUAGAAGAUAAAUACCAAGCCAUACUAGAAGUCGAAAGGGCAUCAAAACCCAAGUCAGAAAUUGCACGCAGUUUUGGUGUUCCUGCAAAUACACUAUCCACUUGGAUAAAAAAUGCUAAUAAAAUUAAAGAAGCUUACCAACAAAGUAGUUUUGCCCCUGAAAGAAAACGUAUGAGAACUGCAACUUAAGAAAAUGUUGAACACGCCCUACUCAAAUGGUUUACUAGUGUAAGAGAUCAAAACUUACCUAUCUCAGGUCCAAUGCUAACAACAAAAGCAGAGGAAUUUGCAAAAAGAUUAGACCACCCAGAAAUUAAAUGCAGCAAUGGUUGGCUUGAUCGUUUUAAAGAUCGCCACAACAUCACAUUUAAAAAAAUUUGUGGAGAGGCAAAAUCUGUUGAUGUUAACAGUGAAGCUAUGAACGAUUGGGUAACAGAACUGAAAGGCAUAAUGACUGAGUUUACACCAGAUAACAUUUUUAAUGCUGACGAGACUGGGCUAUUUUAUAAAUUGUUGCCAGAAAAAACUUUAGAGUUCAAAGGUGUAGAUUGCAGUGGUGGUAAACGAAGUAAAGAGAGAUUAACUGUUAUGGUGUGUACAAACAUGUCUGGUUCCGAGAAAGUCGAAAUACUAGUCAUUGGUAAAUCAGUUAACCCAAGGUGCUUUAAGAAUGUCAAAACGCUACCAACACAGUAUGAGGCAAAUAAAAAAGCAUGGAUGACAUCAGAAAUCUUUACCAACUGGUUAAUAAAGCUUGACAAGAAAUUUUUACGGCAGCAACGUAAAGUAGCAAUGAUAGUUGACAACUGCCCUGCUCAUCCUCACGUUAAAGGCUUGAAAAGUAUUAAGCUGGUUUUCUUGCCACCUAAUACAACCAGUAAGACACAACCCUGUGACCAAGGUAUCAUUCAGAAUUUAAAAGUUCACUACCGCAAAAGGGUCCUAAUGAAACAGAUUGCAUGUGCCGAGAGUAAAACAGAGUUCAGUCUAACUGUCCUAGAUGCACUCCGAUUUCUUCAACGAGCUUGGUUCUCAGUCACAGCCACCACAAUAAGCAACUGCUUUAGACAUGCAGGUUUCAGUGUUGACAUUGAGUCCAGAGUAAGUGACCGACAAGAAGAAGAAGAUGACGACGACGAUGAUAUUCCACUAGCCCGUCUUGCAGGAAUUAAUUUCACAGAAUACGCCAACAUCGACAAUGAUAUUCCAACCAACUGAGCCACUAACAGACGACGAUAUUAUCAACGAGAUAACUUCGAGUAUGAAAGAAACAGAAGAAGACAGUGACGAAGAAGAUACGAUCACGAUAGAAAAACCCGUUCCGAGCUUGUCUGCCAUGGUUGAGAUGACUGAUACAUAUCAGUCAUACUUUGAAGCUCAGGACGAUACAGAAGAAUUGCUUCCACUACUCGCCAAGAUCAACAACUAUUUCA